AUGAGCGGUGCUGAUACAAGCAAGUCAGAGGUAGUUGCUGACAGUGAUGUAAAGGCAGAGAUGGGCAGGCAGGGAGGGUCUGAGACAGCAAGUGGUGCUAGUGCGGAGGGCACGGAUGUUAUGGACGGGUUGGACGUUGCACUGUCUGAUUUGGGCAUACCUGCCACGAGCUCUGACCCUGAAGCUGUGAGUGCAACCCGCACUCUUUCUUCCCCGGCUGGGGGGGAAAAGGAUUUGGAGCGUAUCGAGGCAGAGGGUGCAGGUGGAGCAGCAGGAGGUGUUGAGGGGUGUGAGGACGAGCUUGGUGAUGCCCCCCUACGACGAUUAGAUCUGGACCCUCGGCGGAGAGAGGUGGGUGUUGAGCGGGACUUGGAGGCUGCUGUUGAGGUGGGCACAGCGGCAUGGGAGGAGGGUGCAGACGCGCCUCUGUCAGCACCACCUGCCUCUGUUGCUCUCGCUGCAGCCCUCCUUGCACCCUCUGCCCCACACCACACCCCUGUGCGCACUGGGCGCAUCUACACGCGCCGCCGCGCCCGCUCUGGCUCUCGCAGCACUGCUGACCGCUGCAACACCUGGGGAUGGGGGGCCGCUGAUGGCACAGCCGCAGCGGGGGAAGCAGGGGCUGGUGGGGAAAAAGGGGACGGGGGAGAAGCAGGGGAGGAGGGACGCAAGGAGGGGGAGGAGGAAGCUGGACAAGGGGAGGGGGAGGAUGGGCAGGGGGAAGGGGAGGAAGGGAACAGCAGCAGCUGUGGGGAAGGUGAGCAGGGCAUGGGGCAAGGGGCAAGCGGUGAAAGGGGGAAAGGGUCAGGAGGGGGGGGAAAGGGAGGAAGGGGAGGAAAGGGAGGGGCAGUGAAGCUUGACGCGGUGAGAGAGAGGCUGAUGGGGCGGGUGGCCAAGGGCAAGCGGCGAGGCAAAGGGGCAGGGGCAGCGGGGGCGUUGGGGCAGCAGCUGGCAGUGCGGGCGGCGAUAGCAGAGCGGGCGGCAGGCAGGCGCAGCAUGGAGUUUGGCGCGGAAGUGAGUGUGGAGGGCACGGGCGUGGGGGGCGGGAGAAGCAGAACCCUGGCGGAGCUGGUUGUUGGGCGGGGGAGGGGGUGUGCGCGGGGGAAAGGUAGGGGGGGGAAGAAGGGUGACGGACGCGGGAAGGGGAAGGGGGAGGGGGAUGGGGAGGGGGAGGUGCGGGUGCUGUGGCUGGCGGAUUCCAGUGUAGCUCCCCGCCCCAUGGAGGAGGGGGAGGUGGAAGAAGAGGGGGAAGAGGGGGGAGAAGGGGAGGAUCAGGAAGGGGCAGAAAGGGCGAAAGGGAUGAAGGGAAGUGGGAUGGAGGGCAGUGGGAGGAAGAGGAAGCGUGUUGACAAUGGGGAGGAGGCAGGGGGAGAGAGUGGAGAGGAGGAAAAGGGAAAGGGGGAUGAAGGGGGGGCGGGUGACGGGCAGACGAAGGCUGGGGGGCAGCAGGAGGGGGGCGAUGGGGACAAAGAAGGAGGUGCGGCAGGCGGGGAGAAUGCGGGGGAGAAAGUAGUGGCUGGAGCAGAGGAGGGGGGGAGUGCGAGCGCAAUUGCAAGCGAGUGGAGGGGGGGGAAGCAGCGGCGGUGGCAGCCGGUGGUGUCGCGGGGGGGAGAUGGCGUGGUGGAGUAA